UUAUUUUUUUGUAAUAAUCUUUCUUUUAUUUGUACAAUAUCAGGGAAAUUUCAAGUCAUGAUGGAGAAAUUAGCAAGUAGAAGACAAAACAUGGGAUGGAAGCAAAAAAAAAGUGCGCCAAAUGCUUUUCACACAAAAGAAAAAAAUUCCAAAAUUUGUAACAACAACAAAAAACUAGGGCUAAUCGUCAUCUUAUUGGGAAAUUUAAUACUUAUUACAAUGAAAGAAAAUGUGUUAAUUAACUUAUCACACGAAUCAGCAUUUUCCACUUUCAUUUAAAAAAAAAUGGCGGAAAAACAUAAAUAUAUUUAGAAUUUUCCUUAAAAUAUUGAAAGGAAAGCAACGCUCAUAAUUGAAGAAGAAAAAUUUAUUCCUGCAGGAGGAUAUUUUCCUUCUUCUCUAAAUAGAAAGUCUUUUUAGUGGCAGUUUCCUUUUAUUUUUCUCACUUUUUUUUCGUUAACCAGUAACGUCUUGUGUGCACAUUAUGCGUGAGUUAGUAAUAUACAAAUGAGAUCAAUUAUAUACUAUACUUACUACCCGCCAGAGAUUUCACUGUCAAAUAUAAAAGAAGAUGAUCUUGAACUUUAUUUUUCAGUUUGUGUUGAUAGUUGGAAGUGAAAAGGUGAAAAGUGCGCGACUGUAGCGGAUACAAAGAAAAAUCUGGGAUUAUUUUUUAUGAUUGUUUUAUGCCGCUAAAAGGAUGUCGAAAAAACUUUUAUUUUUAUUUUUUGUGAUUACCAUCUUUUGUGUGAUUUAUUCUGUAGCCGAGGAGAUCAGUGAUAAAAGUGAUAAGGAUACGGAAAUUACACCACGGCGACGGAAACACCUAUAUAGUGCACUAUUUCCUCUCGUUGGGCUGGGUGGUCUACAUGCGAUCUCAGCAUUUGUAGCUAUAAAAUUGAAGCUCGUCAUUGUAUUCAUCUUGAUUGUGGCGACGGCAUUCUUUGGAUUUAAAGUAUGGACCGGAGGUGCCCUUUUCGGUUGCAAAAAUCACGGCCCAGAAAUUAUUCAUGAGGGCCCCAUUAUUCCCUAUGAUAGUGGGCACAUUGUUCCCCACACAUCCCCAGAUUUUUCCUACAGUGGCGGGUACUCAGGUCCUGAUCCCUAUAGUGCUUGGAAUCCUGAAACAAUAGGUUCAGGUCCACCAUCUGGUGGGGAAAUUCAUCAUGAUCACCACGAUCACCAUGAUCAUCUCGAUUUUCACCAUGAUGAUCAUCAUGAUGCUCCCGAUAUACAACAUUCUAAGCGUCGGGUUGCCUAUCAGGGCACUGCAGGUGCUAGACAAAGCUCUGGUGGAUUUGAUUGGACAAGUCUAGCAUUUGCUGUCCUAGGAGUGGAUACAAUGGUGUGCCGAAAGAGAUUCACGUGCGAGAUGGAAGUUCAAUCGAAGAAUAAUCCAUUCUUUGGAUUUGCCUACAACUACCUGAGUCGAGGAAUGUGGUCAGAAUAUCGGAAUUACCCAGAGAUACCACAUAGUCUAUCGGACUGUGCGAGGCUCUUCAAGGAAUGCUACUCCCCCGCAGAUGAUCAAGUUAAUGAGAAGAAUACCACUGAGGAGGAAAGCAGCACUGAUGAGUCAAUUGAGGAUGUUGUAACACCUGAAGCGAAUGAUGAAAGUUCUGAAAGCUUAGGACGUCAGAUGUUGAUGAGACGAAUCAGUAGAAAGCUGCAUGAAAGUGAAAAUCGUCAAUAGAAGACAAUUCGUGACUUAGUUAUAUAUAUCUCAUACUGUGUACCAUACGACUGACCCACUGACCUUACAACGAGGGUGUUAAAUGCAUCGUGAAAAUGAAAUUUUCAAAAUCGACGAACGUGUUGAUAAUUACCACGAAUACGACGACAAGGACCACAUGAUGUUUUCUCUAUUUAUAUUAUUUAUUUUCCUAAUUUAUUUCACAAACAAAUAUACACAAAAAACCAACAAAAAAUCAAA